CUUCAAUUUCAACAAAUUUAUAAUACAGGAUUAGGCUAUAUUAUUAUUGAUUUAGAUUUAGCUCAAGCAAAAGGUCUUGCAAAAGCAUUAAAAAUAAUUGAUCCUUUAAAAAAAAGAAAAGAGUAUUUAAAAUAUAUUAUUAAAUUAUGUAGAGUUCAUUUUUAA